AUGGGCGGUUGUACAGCUGUAAAGGGUUCAAAUACACGUAGCAAAGGUUUACGUCUUUUUCGGUUUCCAAGAGACCCUAAAAGACGAAAAACUUGGUUACAAAAUUGUCGCUGUGACAAAUGGCAGCCUACAAAUUAUUCUGAGUUGUGUGAAAUCCAUUUUGAAGAAGGGCAAUUUGAACAAAAUCGUCAGGAUAGUGUAAAAAAACUCAAGCCAAGUGCUAUACCAACACUGUUUGAUAUAUCAAAUCCACCGCACUUGUUGGAAACCAAAAGAAAAUCUUUGUAUGAGGUAUAUAUCAUUAUUAAACCAAAUUUAUUAUAG